AUGGGGCAGGUGCAAAACACCUGCGAGAAGUUGAACGCACGCUAUGUGGAGUACGGGGUGAACUUCGCGGAGGACAGCGAGCACCUCACUGCCUUCCUCGAAGCGCACUCCCAUCCGUCCAAGCGGGUGGUCCAGGUGGAGGGGAUGGAUGGAGACGGCAACGCCGUCAAACACACCUUCAAGCUGCACGAGCUGGAUGCGAAGAAGAAAGAGGAUCCCUCGGGUGACGUCGAGUCCUGCGUGUCCCUCGCCACCCUGUUUGCGAAGGAGGUGAUCGGCAGGCUACAGUACCGCAUGCGAAGCUUGAAGUCCCUCGUUGGGUCCAAGCUAUUUCUGCCAGACGCCUAUCCGGAUGGCGUGAACAAGCGCGACCGUCUGUGCGCGGAGUGGUUCAGCUCCCUUCGCAAGAUGUUCAACGCCGAGCAGUGCGCUCUGCCAGUCUCAACUGCCAUUUCCCUACGCAAUCACUCCCCUUCCCCGUCGCUUUCUCUCCCCUUCCCCCUCGCUAGCGUGCCCGUUGCCCCCCAUGUGCGCCCUCCCCCUCCCCCUCGCGAGCACUCCCCUUCCCCGUCGCCCGCGGUCCCCUACCCCGUCUCUAGCUCUCCCCUUUCCCCACGCCAUCACACCCCUUCCCUGUCGCGUUCACUCCCCCCCUCCUCCCUAUCACUCCCCUUCCACCACUCCCCUCCCCCGUCGCUAUCACUCCCUCCCCGUCAAUAUCACUCCCCUUCCCCCUCGCGAUCAUUCCCCUUCCCCGUCACUCCCCUUCGCUGCCGCGUUCUCUCCCCUCCCCCCUCGCUCGCGUGCACGUUCCCCUCCCAUGUGCGCCCUCCCCUUCCCCCGGCACUAUCACUCCCCUUCCUCGUCGUGUUCUCUCCCCUUCCCCCUCGCUAG